AUGCUCGUGGACCUAGAUGCCGCCUUCCUAGAUAACGAGGUCUCGCUGUUGGAAGUGAUCGUGAAGGUGCUGGUCGAGUCUGACCUCGCUUCCGCGGUCGCCCUCAAACGAUGCAACAGCCGCUUCAAGGACCUCGCCACCCCGCUGGUGGCAGACGCCGUGGAAAGGACGGGCAAGAAGUGGCGGGAUGCGGCAGCCAAAAUCGUCAACAGAAGCGCUGCAAAGAUCAUAGGUGGGCUCGAGCGCAACGAGGUGCUGACCUCCUUGGAUCACAUCAACACCGCGAUCCGCGCCAACGCCGCCGGCAUCGGCUUUGCUAUCCCCAUCGACACCGCCGAGAAGGCGACGGGGACGGAUCUCGGCCGAUCUCGGGAAGGGCGGCUCAUCUCGGCGGAUCUCGGCGGAUCUCGGCGGAUCUCGGGCUGUCAGGCGAUGAAGACGCUCUCGGCGGGCGGGAAGAUCUCGCACGCGUACCUCGGCAUCUCGAUGCUGUCUCUCACGCCGGAGGCGGCUCGGCUCAACAACGCCGACCCAAACUCGAACGUGUAUCUGCCCGAGCAACACGGCGCCGACCCCGCCCUCCUCCGCGCUCUGGGGCCCUUCUAG